AAAAAAUCGCCCAAAAAGAAGAAAAAGGGCAAAACGAAAGCUGGCACCGCUGAAUGCUGAUGCUCCCGAAGCACUGCUUCGCGUCAGAGCUAAAGAACACCUCCAAUCUUGUACCCGAAAAAAAAGACACCUCAGUCUCGCUCUCUCUCUCUCUCUGCUCACAGCACCAAAGAAGAGAGAAGAAAGGAAGGAGGGGGGCGGGGGGGAGAACCCUAAAAUUCUUGGCGGAGCUCUUUCUCUCCCAUGGAGGAGCUGCCGGUCGCCCGCCUCGGCGGCCGCGCCUCCGCCGGCGGCUCCAAGAAGGCCACCAGAGGGGCGGCUGACGCGGCGAAAUUGGCCUACGACGACGUGUUCGGCGGGCCGCCACGGUACGCGGUGCCGUUCGCCACCCGAUUGGACGACUACUCUGAGAUCUUCGGCGGCCUCGCCGGCACCUGCUCCAUCCCUAUGCUCGACCUCCCGCUUGCCAUGGGUGGCCUUGACGAUGCGCCGGUCGACGCCCAGAGGUCCACCUCUGAUUAUGCUGAGAUUUUCAGGGGCUUCGAUGGUGGGGAGUUUGCGGUUCCCUAUCAAGAACUGUUCGCGGAGCCCAAGAAGGAGGAUAUUUUUUCUUCGAAUGAGAGGGAACAAAGAAGAACUGGAUUUGGCCCACAGGUGAAAGAAGUAUCUGAAUUUCCUCCAAAAUAUCAUAAUGGAGAUCGUGUGGGAUGCCCAGAAGAGGAUAAAUUCUCGUCUAACUCUAACCAUGCAGAUGACAUCUCAAAACAGCUCAACAUGUCAUAUAACAAGAUGAGCCGAGGAAACAUAGAGGAUGCAGUAAGUGGGAGAACACAUGUAACUCAACUUCAUGCUGUUCCUGGAUUUACAAUCGUGGUUGAUGGUUGCGACCCCCUGCAGAAUAAUACAAGUGACAAUUCUCUUGACAUGGUAACUGAUAAGAUAGCCAAUCUGGAUCAAGGAAGAAUAGUUCCACCAGCCUCUUCUGGCGACAGUACAAAGAGUACAGGAAGUGACUUGAAAGCAGACCAGAAAUCAUAUGCCACUAAACCGUCUGCCUCACAAAAUGAUCAUGCAAAAGUAAAGCACCAUUCAUGCUCUUCUAGUGAUCACUCAACGUCCACGGAGGAUGUGUCUUCCGUGGAUGCUACAUAUUUAACUAUAUCUGACAUUAGUCUUCGGACAAAACCCCUGCUAAUCCCACCACCAUCAAGGCCACCACCUAAGUUAUUUAAUAAGCAGGGACUUUCUGCAGUAAAGACGUCUGCAAAUUCAAGCACUGAUCUAGAUGAAGUAGAACUAUGUAAACCUAUUUCAAAUCAUCAACCUCGCUAUGUUGUGGUCUCUUCAAAAAGUCAUGCACAUCAGGAGUCUGUGAAGGACCAUUCACCUUCUUUCUUUGAUGUGGAGGUAGAUGCUAGUUCAGCUGCUGCAGCUUCUGCUGUUGCUAUGAAAAAGGCAAUGGAAAUAGCUCAAGCUAGAUUAAAAUGUGCCAAAGAGUCAAUGGAGAGGAAACGUGAUAAUCUUCAAAGCCGCAAGAAGUUGGUUCAGCAUGAAGCUGUAAAAUGUACGGAAAGGAAGGUGGAAAAACCUUCCCAAGAAGUAGAAAGCUUCAGUCAAGUGCAAACUCGGCAAACAGUGGUAAAGGAGGAUCAAAAGAUAAAUGGCAUUGGUUCAGAGGAAAGACAUGUAGUCAAAAGUGCAACCAAGAUAGCUAUGGGUUAUGAAGAGAAGGAAACGCAUGUAGCAUCAGCUGACGAGUAUCAACCGUCAAUGCAAGGGAAUGAUUUUAAAUCUUCUGCAGUGUCCCAAAAGUUGGAAAAUAAUUCUGGAAAGUGGAAAAUGGAUAAAGAAUUCUAUGAGCUGAUACAUGAUGAGAAGAAAGAUAAAAUGGCCAGGGAGACCUCCGAACGAAACAUUAUUGCGAAGAAUACAAAAGAAACCACGAUAAUUAGUGAGUAUAAGGAAAAUAUCAAUAAAGAUGCUGGAUGGGCCUAUCAGUUUACAAGAAUCCGUAAUGUGGGGGAAGAUACUGGAAAUAGUGAAAGGGCAGAAAAUAUUAUGAAAUUGAAUGAUGGUGAUAUAGCUUGCAGGGUGGGGGAAACCAAGUUGGUACUAGGUAUGAUCCCAGAACCUUGUGUGCAUGAAGAAGAAAAAAGUAUGCUUGAAGAGGAUCAGGAUCUUGAGCAAGAUGAAAAUGAGAACCCAGAGGAGGUUCAAGAGGCCAAUGUUCAUGAAGAAGAAGUGAAAAAGCAAGGUACUAGUGAGAAGUCUCUUGCACGUGGAGAGAGUGAAAAGACACCGAAACCUUCAGAUGCUGCUUGUAAGUUUGAGGGGAAUUAUGCCAGUGAAAAUGAAGAAAGAAAGUUAGAUGCUGCUAAAGAGGCUUGUGAAGAUGAAUACAAUGAGAAGAAAUGGAGUACGGCUGACAAAACAUGUGUACCUUUUGAGCAUGAAGACAAUUUGAAUGCGGACUGCAGAACAGGUAUUCAGGAUGAAAUCAAGAAGGAAAUUGAAGCCCCUCAUGGACCAUGCAUGUGGAAAAGAGGGGAGAAAAUGGAAGCAGCUCAGGCAGCUAGUCAGUGUGAAGAUUCUGAAAAGACAAGAAUUAAAGGAAAAGUUGAAUGCUGUCAUGCAGGAAAUGGACAUAGAUCAGAAGACAGCUGUGUGCGACUUGAGCAGGAAGAAAGUAAAGAAGUAAAUGUGACUCAAGUGGCAUGUUUCUCAGCGAAAAAUGAGUUAAAGCAAGGUGCUCCAGAAGCUGAUAGGCUGGAAAGGGAUUUGGAGAAACAUAAAGCAGCAAUAGGGCCUAUGGAACAUAAAACAGCAAUGGGGGCUAUGGGGCAUGAAGAACAAGAGAAGAAAACAGCAUCAGCGGAGGAGGCUUGCUGGCAAGAUUGCAGGGAAAUGAAAGCAUCAGAUGCUCAGCUGGCAUUUGUCCAAAAUGACAAGAAACAAGAGGGACAUCAUGUGCUGCUUCAACUGGAAAAUGAGCAGGCUGUAUUUGAAAGUAGCCAAGUGGAGAGAAGAAGUGAGGAUAUUAAAGAAGUUCAUGUGGCACCUGAUAUUAUGGAAGAAGUUAAAAAAUUGAAUGGAGCUAGAGAGGUCUUCCAGGGGGAUGUAGACACAGUUAUGGAAGAUGUUUGGCAAGCUUCUUUUUUGGCCAGGAAAGUUAACAUACCAAGUUCAGCUCAAGAUGCUAUGGAGAGAAGUGCUUUGGCAUCCAAUGGAGCCGUUGAAAAUGUUCAACAAGCUUCUUUGUUGGCCAAGAAAGGUGAAAUACCUAGUUCAGCUCAAGAUGCAAUGGAGAGUAGUGUUUUUGCAUCUGAUAAAACUGCAAACAAUUUGCGUAAAACAGGAGAAAGGAAAUAUGAAAGCAGAACAGAAAGAGAAACAGAUCAAGUGAAAGAGCAAGCAAGAAUAUUAGAAGAGAAAGAGAGGGAGAGAGAAAGAAAAAAAGACAGAAUUGCUGUUGAAAGAGCUACCCAUGAAGCAUAUGAAAUGGCAUUUGCUGAAGUUCGGGAAAGGGCAGACAGGAUAGCAGUGGGGAGAGUUACUGCUGAAGCUAGACAAAGAGCACUGGCAGAGGCCCGAGAGAAAGCAGAAAAGGCUUUUCUUGAAGCUCAAGAAAGAUCACUACCUGAGAAAGCUUUGAGAGAAGCUAGAUUGAGGGCAGAGCGGGCAACCGCAGAAGCUCCAGAGCAUGCCGUUGAAAGAGCACUUGCUGAAGAGACUGCUUCAGAAGCAAGAGAAUGCAUGGAGAGAUUUAAUGCCACUUCUAGCUACAAGAUGAGGAAAGAUAAUGUUGCAGAGGAUCAUCUCAAGUCCAGAGAUAAGGACAUGCAGGAUGUUGCACAUAGUGCACUUCAGAGUACAAAUUCUUCUAGCACCUUCCAAAGAUACUCAGAUUUUAACAUGCAAGCUGAGGGCGAAUCAAAUUUAAGAUAUAAAGCUAGACUUGAGAGACAUCAACGGACAGUGGAACGUGUGGCAAAGGCUCUUGCAGAAAAGCAUAUGCGCGAUUUUAUUGCACAAAAAGAGCAGGCCGAAAGAAAUAGGUUAGCAGAGUAUUUGGACGUUGAAGUCAAGAGAUGGUCAAAUGGAAAAGAAGGAAAUUUGCGGGCUUUGCUGUCAACACUGCAAUAUAUCCUUGGGCCUGAGAGCGGUUGGCAGCCAAUUCCAUUGACAGAUGUUAUAACAGCUGCUGCUGUAAAGAAAGCUUUCAGGAAGGCUACUCUUUGCGUUCAUCCAGAUAAGUUGCAGCAGAGGGGUGCUAGCAUUCAACAGAAGUACAUUUGUGAGAAGGUUUAUGAUCUCCUGAAGGAAGCUUGGAAUAGAUUCAACUCAGAAGAGCGAUAGUAGAUGGAAUGAAUACUACGGACUUCAGAGUUCAAGCUUUUGUUGAUUGCAGAGUAAGAGGCAAUGUAAUUUUGGAUCCAACAAGUUUGAUAACAUUGCUCAAUUAUGGUCAUUCUUCUGAAUUUGUGUAAAGAUGCAGUUUCGAGAAACAUAUUUUAGAAUGCUAGUCCUGCUCCAAACAGAUAGCCCAAGUGCUUCAAUUGCGAUGAAAUCCAUGGUGCAACCCCCCCACCCCAACAAAAAA